AUGUCUACUUCUAAACAGAAGCGUCAAGCAAAAAAAGCAGCCAAGGCAGCUGCUCCCAAAAAUACUGCUAACGGUACCUCAACUGUAAAUGAAACCUCAGAUGCUAACGGACUAUCGCUGGAUUCAUUGAAAAUAUCUAGCGAAAGAACCGCUACCGGUGUAUUAGAAUCACACCCGCUGUCUCGAGAUGUAAAGAUUGGGCAAUAUAAUUUAUCUUUCUUUGGUAGAGUGUUGAUUGAAAAUGCCACAAUCGAGUUGAACUUUGGCCGGCGAUAUGGACUUAUUGCUCAAAACGGAGCUGGAAAAAGUACAUUCCUGGUUUCACUCGCUGCAGGAGAAGUUGAGAUACCGUCACAUAUCGAUAUUCAUUUGCUAAACCAUGAGGCAGAUCCGUCUGACGUGAAUGCUACAGAAUAUGUUGUGAAAGCAGCGAAAGAGGAAGUCCAACGUCUCGAACGAGAGGUUGAAGAUAUUCUUGCCACGGAAGAUGGAGCAGAUGACCCUCGGCUUGAGGAUUUAUAUGAUCGAAUAUCUGCUUUGGAUGAAUCUACUUUUGAGGCACGCGCGGCUAGCCUCCUCAAUGGUCUUGGCUUUUCUCAAGAGAUGAUGAGAAAACAGACGAAAGACAUGUCUGGUGGUUGGAGGAUGAGGGUUGCACUUGCAAAGGCUCUAUUUAUUCGGCCUACCUUGUUGUUGCUCGAUGAACCAACCAACCACUUGGAUUUAGAAGCUUGUGUUUGGUUAGAAGAAUACCUCAAAAGCUAUAACCGUAUAUUGGUUAUCGUCUCACAUUCCCAGGAUUUCUUAAAUGGUGUUUGCACGAAUAUUAUACAUCUCACCCAACAACGUAAACUGAUUUACUACGGUGGAAACUACGAUACGUAUGUGCGUACGAGAAUAGAACAGGAAACCAAUCAAAUGAAAGCCUACCACAAGCAACAAGAUGAGAUAGCGCAUAUUAAGAAAUUUAUCGCUUCAGCCGGUACCUACGCCAACUUGGUCAGACAAGCCAAGAGUAAGCAAAAGAUUAUCGAUAAAAUGGAAGCAGCUGGUCUUAUAGAGAAGGUCGAGACAGAAUCUACCUUCAAAUUCAAGUUUAAUGAUGUACCCAAAUUACCUCCACCAGUUUUGCAGUUUGAUCAAGUAUCUUUCUCGUACAGUGGUCUUCCGAAAGAUUACCUUUAUGAUGAACUUGAUUUGGCUGUAGAUAUGGACUCUCGCGUGGCGUUAGUUGGUCCAAAUGGUACUGGGAAAAGUACUCUCCUCAAAUUGAUGAUGGGAGAACUCCAGCCAACGAAAGGCCGCAUUGCAAGACAUACCAAUCUUAAACUAGCCAAAUACAGUCAGCACAGUGCUGAUCAGCUUGAUCUUGAAUUGAGUCCUAUUCAAUAUAUGAGACGAAAGUUUGCUCAUCUUAAGGGAGACACGGACUACUGGCGAAGUCAAAUUGGCCGUUAUGGUCUUUCCGGAGCACAGCAAACGUCGCCGAUCAAGACUUUGAGUGAUGGUUUGAAAUCUCGAAUUGUAUUCGCUGAACUUGUAUUAUCCGUCCCCGACAUAGUCCUUAUGGACGAACCGACAAAUCACUUGGAUAUGGAAAGCAUAGAUUCACUAGCAAAUGCCAUAAAAAGUUUUUCGGGCGGAGUUGUCUUAGUAUCCCACGACUUUAGAUUGAUUUCCCAAGUUGCUGAGGAAAUAUGGGUGUGUGGUAACAAGACAGUUACACCUUGGAAUGCAAGUAUUGAAGCAUACAAAAAGCAUCUGGCAAAGGGUGUUAAAAUCUAA